AUGAAGGAUGGCGCCACGUACGCCUUCCAGCGCGAUGUUUACGCCGACUUGGAGUUCACCAACGAUGUCGGCUACUUGCCUGACGGGACCCCGCUAAACAGAGCGGGCAACGCCAUCAAUCACCCAGAGACGAUUGGCGCGGACAAGCACAUGGCUGGAUCCCCACUUCCCCGCGCCAAGUUUGUGAAUUCCGUUGGAUACCUUCCGGAUGGAACGCCGCUGAAUGCGGCGGGUAAUGCCAUCAACCACCCUGAGACCAUGCAGCCGGACCCUCAUUCACCAGGCUCCCCCUUGCCGCCUUCCUCUUACCUCGCGGACAUUGGCUACCUGGCUGAUGGAACCGACCUUGUUACAGCAGGCAACAACUCGGUGAGGCAGCCUGCGCCAGGCUCGGCUCCACCUGCUGCGGCCCCUGCAAGCUUCAGCCCGGCUACUCCUGCAGCUUCCGCCCCACCAAUGGCCGCUGCCCCUCCGCCAGUGCCUGCUGCGGCUCAGGGUACCGCCAUUCAUGGCCGCAAGUUCGAGUACAGCUUUCAGAAGGAUGCAUACGCAGAUCUGGAGUUCUGCAAUGAUGUGGGCUACCUCCCAGAUGGCACUCCGCUGAACCGCGCAGGGAAUGCCAUCAAUCACCCGGAGAACAUCGGCCCUGACCGCCAUGCUCCAGGAUCUCCCCUGCCUCGUGCGAACUUCGUAAACUCGGUUGGCUACCUUCCGGACGGCACGCCCCUGAACCGUGCAGGCAAUGCCAUCAAUCAUCCGGAGAGCAUCCAACCCGACACCCAUACCCCCGGCUCGCCUUUGCCAGCCUCCUUCUACGCUGCCGAUGUGGGCUACUUGGUUGAUGGAACACCGUUGGCGACUGCUGGCAACAACUCCGUGAAGGGCGCUCCGGCAACCCCGCCACCAGCUGCGGCCCCUGCAAGCUUCAGCCCAGCUACUCCUGCAGCUUCCGCCCCACCAAUGGCCGCUGCCCCUCCGCCAGUGCCUGCUGCGGCUCAGGGUACUGCCAUUCAUGGCCGCAAGUUCGAGUACAGCUUUCAGAAGGAUGCAUACGCAGAUCUGGAGUUCUGCAAUGAUGUGGGCUACCUCCCAGAUGGCACUCCGCUGAACCGAGCGGGGAACGCCAUCAACCACCCCGAGAGCAUCGGACCGGACAGGCAUGCUCCCGGGUCUCCGUUGCCCCGUGCGAACUUUGUGAACUCCGUUGGCUACCUACCGGAUGGCACGCCCCUGAACCGUGCUGGCAACGCCAUUAAUCACCCGGAGAGCAUCCAACCCGACACCCAUACCCCCGGCUCGCCUUUGCCAGCCUCCUUCUACGCUGCUGAUGUCG